AUGAAGUCAACUUUCCUGUUCAGCGCUGCCCUACUAGGGGCAACGGUAGUCUCAAGCUCCAUUCUCUCCCGCGACUCUGAGUCUGGGCCACCACCUUCGUCAAACGAGCAGCCGGAGGAUCCCAUCAUCCCCCUAAGCAACGAUACCAGCUUCCAUUUCGAGCUCCUCUUCACCCUCGGAAACACCGUCUUCGGCGCCGGCGACGUCAACGACGUCCUAGCCGCCGCCAAAGCCAUCAAACCCGGCAACUUCACCAGCUGGCUCGAGACCUUCCACGCGCUGGCCGAACACACCAAGACGCAAGCCGAAGACCCAAACAACGCGUACGACCCAGUGAAUGUCCGGGACGCCUGGUUCGCCGCAUCGAGCUACUACCGCCAGGCCGACUUCUACAACCACGCCAACUGGACAGACCCUCGUAUCAACAGCUUCUGGCUCGAGCAACGCGCUGCGUUUGACAAGGCGCUUGCUGCGCUGCCCGUUCCUGGCGAACGGAUCCAGAUCCCGACCGAUAACAAUUUCACUAUUGAAGCCAUCUGGUACCCAGCCGCAGCCGCAGCUGACGGGGUCAAACAGCGGCCGACCUUGGUAAUCGGCAACGGAUACGACGCCGGCCAGGAAGAUUCCUACCACUCCUUCGUCGUCCCAGCCCUGGCCCGCGGGUGGAAUGUCCUAACCUACGAAGGACCAGGGCAGCCGACGGUUCGGCGCAAUGAUGACAUUGGGUUCAUCCCCGAUUGGGAGAAGGUUCUCACGCCCGUGAUCGACGAGUUGCUGAAUCGCAAAGGCUGCUACGUCGACGAAGACCGGCUGGUCCUUGUUGGCAUUUCCAUGGGUGGGUAUCUGGCCGCUCGCGCUGCUGCGUUUGAGCCUCGGAUUAAGGCGCUUAUUCUCAAUGGUGGCGUGUGGGAUAUCUACGAGGGAUACUCCGGUCAUCUGACGCCGGAGCUGAAAGAGCUUCUCGAUGCGGGCAAGCAAGAGGAAUUUGACGAGGCUGUGUUGCCGCUUUUGGAGAGCCCAGAGGUGCCUGUGACCCUGCGGUGGGGGCUGGGACACGGACUGUGGUGCUUCAAACAGCAUUCCCCGUACUUGUGGCUCGAAUCGCUUAAGGAUUACGCGCUCAAGGACGUUGUUGAGAGGAUCAAGGUACCUGUUCUUGUUGUCGAUUCCGAGUUUGAGGGGUUCUUCGCUGGUCAGCCGGAGGUUGUCAAGGACGCACUCGGCGAUAAGGCAACUUACAAGUUCUUCAAGGGAACAGCUGGAUAUCACGUCCAAGUUGGAGCUGGGCAGGAGUGGAACAGGUACCUGUUUGCCUGGCUGAACAAGAUACUAGGGUGA